AUGGCUUGGUAACGAGACGAACCCUUUAUGCCAACUUCUUGUGCCAACGACAAAUUAGUCAGUUAGUCACCAGAUGCCAGUGAGUAAGAAACUUCCAUGUCACAGACCACACUGACACACGUGUUGUGGUCUGUGGAGGUGCUGAGUGCUGACACUUGACAAAUGCUUUUGCUAUUGGUUUUCGGUACUUUACUAAACGGUGUACGGAACUUUGUUUUUAAAGUAAAUGAUUGUACAUUCUAUAUACUUCGUUAAUAAAAUCUCAGAUUUAAGCUGAUUAUAAUAUAAUACAAUGUCAGACGAAGAUAGUGAGGAAUUACCUACAAUAUUAUUUAAUGACAAUAGUAAAACGUCGGUGGGUAAUAUUUAUCUUUUAAUGAGAAUAAUUAUAAAUACAGUAGUAUGUUAUGGGGAAGCUAAAUACACAAAAUAAUGUCAUCGUUUGUCGCAACAACUGUAACUUCCUUAGUACUUUGUCUUCAUACACGAGAAAAUGAUUAUUUUCAAUUUAACAAGUGAAUCCAUCUCAAGCACUGAAAAAUCCAUGCUACAGAUUUAUAUUUGGAAUUUGUAAAUUUGAUCAUAUAUUGGAUUUGUAAAGGAGACUUCUCUAUGCCCUCUGCUGAUAUCUUGGCAUCACAAAGAGCAAGAGAGCAGGAGUGUAUGCAAGAGCUUCAAGAUCUAAGCUCACAAUUUGAGAAACUGAAUUAUAAACGCCAGUUAGUCAGGCAAGGAAGUAACUCAAGUGGCUCAGAAAGUGAAGCUUCACUUACUACAGCUGUUGAGGCACUACAUGUAGAGCAAUUUGUGCAGCAUGCUGUUCUUGCUCCAACUCCUAAUGCCUUGUUGCGCUUAUUGCUUGGUGCCUCUGUAUUGCAGGCCUAUGACCUGUCCCUGUUAAACUAUUCUGCACUUCUACUAGAAAGUAAUGAUAAGGAGCUCAUUUUAAGUACUUUAAAUCAAAUAGUAUUAGAUAUCAGGCAGUGCAUAAAAAAUAAAAAGAGUGAUAACUUGUUACAAAAUGAAGAUACUAUAGUUUUAUGUUGUUGGUUGUGUGCAUCUAGUAUGUGGAAUGGCCCUCAGCCUUGUGGUUCAAAUGCUGUGCUGUCAGAGCUGCUAAAGCUGGCACCGCCGUUUGUAGUAGAAACAGUAGCAGGUGCACUGAUCACAGCCCUGCAAGAACCUCAUGCUUUAGUUGAAGCCAGUGAUGCAGUAUGGGGACAUACUUCAGGACAGAGGUACCUUUCUAGCCGCCUUCUGGCUGCUGCUAUGGAUGCACUAGCGCCUUGGAGUAACUCACUUACCACGCCUGCCCUGACCGUAAGUGUCGUGUGUGGACGACUACGAUCUGUGUGGUGUGAACUAAAUGCAGAGGAACGCCAUGCUGCGCUGAUGGUGGCAGGGCGGGUAGCACUUCAUGCUGAACCUGAAAUUGGUGACCUUAAGGCACUGCGGGAUCUGUUAGCCCUCUCAAUGCAGGCACCUGUCCUACCUUUGCGACAGUCCCCAGACUAUCUUCAGAUCCAGGUAGCAGCUUCAAGAUUACAGAUACUUUUCGAAGUGAACAACUUACCAACAAUAGACUCUUAACCAUUGUUGGUUGUUAACAAAAUGAAGAUACAUUUAAAAUACAUACAUACUUUAUUAAUAAAAUUUAAACAAAUUAAAGUUUCAUU